CAUGUCACUUCCACUAUCGUACGCUCAUCCGAAAACCGAUUUCUACUCAAAUUAAUUCAUCAGUCUAACCACGUUUAUCAUACGCUACAGACCGCAAUAAAUUCCAAAGUGAACCAUCAUCGUCUCUUCCUCAAUUAAUUUGAGUGUUGCGUUUCAUACACAAAAGUUGUUGUUGCGUUGAUUUAAUCAAUUUUAAAUUGAUUUUUGUUACUUUUGAAGGAAAGUUAUACGACGAUGGCACAUACAGCUGAACCAACAAUCGUUCCAAUUGACGAUUUCAAUGCCAAUGCCGAUGGUGAUGCAUUGCGGGCGGCCAUGAAAGGUCUUGGUACGGAUGAAGAAGAAAUCAUUGAAAUUUUAACGACACGUUCCAAUCAUCAACGUCAAGAAAUCGCUACCUAUUUCACCAAUGAACUGAAUCGUGAUCUGAUUGAUGAUUUAAAAGGUGAACUGGGUGGAAACUUUGAAAAUGUUAUUGUCGCCCUAAUGACGGAACCCGAUCAAUAUUUAUGCCAAGAAUUGAAUAAAGCAAUGGAAGGAGCCGGAACGAAUGAAAAUGUUUUGGUAGAAAUUUUGUGCACAAAGACGAAUGAUGAAGUUAAGCGGUUGGUGGAAGUGUAUGAGGAGAUGUAUAAUCGUCCUCUUGCUGAACAUAUGUGUAGUGAAACUGAUGGCCAUUUCCGUCGUCUGUUGACCCUAAUUAUUACCGGUGUGAGAGAUGAAACUGGUGAAGUGGACGCUGAAUUAGCUAAAGAACAAGCGGAGACAUUGUAUGCUGCUGGGGAGGGAAAAUUGGGCACCGAUGAGGAUGCAUUCAAUAGGAUUCUAGCCCAUGGUAGCUUUGAACAUUUGCGACUUGUAUUCGAAGAAUACAAACAAUUGUCGGGUCAAACGAUUGAACAUGCUAUUGACCACGAAUUGGCUGGAGAUUUGAAGGACGCAAUAAAGGCUAUUGUUGAAUGCGUUCAAUCGCCAGCCGCAUUUUUUGCGAGAGAAUUGCACGAAGCGAUCGAUGGGUUAGGUACCGACGAUAGUACACUAAUUCGAAUCAUUGUCAGCCGAUCAGAGAUUGAUUUGGGAAGCAUUAAAGCAGAAUACGAGCGAAUAUACGAUCGCACAUUAUUAAGUGCUGUCAAGAACGAAACAACUGGAGACUAUAAUCGUGCGCUGUGCGCCAUCAUUGGAAGUGCUUAAAGCAGAUGAAAUUUCAAAGUAAAAUCAACUUUACGGUUACCUCCACCCAUCUAAUUGUUAGUAGGCUUGUUAGGCUAUUUUGGAGCACAAAAAAUUGUCAAAAUUAUAUUAUAUUAGUGCUAUAAUUAUAUGAAUUCAAGUACCUACCUAGGUCAUAAGAAGAAAUGAAUUUUAAAAUAUUUACAAUAAUUAUGGGGUCAGCAUCAGUUACAUAUAUAUACGAGUGAAUGCAAUUCAUUAACGACAGAAAAGUUAAUUGAUAUAAAUGGAUCAUUCCACCCUAUGCAUUCCAUCGCAAGUGACAACUUACACAUCUAGUGCCUAAAAGAGCAUUUAUCAUUCGGUUGCAUAAAUAACUAUUAAGCCACCGAGUGAUAAUAGUUAUUUAUGCAACCAGCUGCGAAAGGUGAACUUUCGAAAUGCAAACUUACCACAAAUUUGUUUACAACAAAAUUCGAAAUUUUUUAAAUUACUUUAAUCCAAGGUAAAUAUAUGGGCGGAGGUAAUGCCAUAUAUAACCGAAUCAGUGGCACGAAAUUUCGCUAUAAACGCCAUCUCUCCCUGUCUUUAAAAUCACAAAAUUGCCGCCCAUAUAUUUACCUUGCUUUAAUCAUAGAAGCCCAGCCUGUCAAGUAAUCAUUUACAGUCAUUAUGUAAGGUCCCUGACCGUGAUUUGCGGACGCGAAAAUCUGACCAUGAUUUGCUUAUGUAAAUUUACAUGUAAAACAUGUAAUUAUACCGCAAAUCACGAUUCUCUUGGACCGUGAUUUGCGGUAUGAUUUGUAUAACGUUUUGGAAUACCACCAAAUAUCGGUCUCUAUUGAACUUCAUAUAAAAUACCACAAAUGACGGACACCAUACCGCCAAGCUCGAUCCAAUUAAAAUAUUAAACUUAUUUAAAGAAAUUUUGCAAUUAUUUAUUAAUUAGUGAUUAACUGCUAAGCCAAAUGUUCAAUCUUCACAAUAAAGUUAGCCACUACUCCUGGAUAUAAAAGGAUUCCAAGAAAAAGACGCACAAAGUUAAAAAUUGUCACAAUACCACAAAUCACGGUCAGGGACCUUAAUUAGAAAAUACGGUAUCACGUUACUUGUGUAUUAAUUCGCACAGUUUUGGUGAAAAUUUGAUUUUUUUCCGAGUAAUUUAAGUGAAUCUCUGCAAUCAAUUCGGUUCGGUUGAGUUGAAAUUCUUAAAACGAUGCUAAUGUUUUAACACAUUAUUUUUAUUUGGCUGCAUAUUAGUGAAAAAAACGAAAAAAGACCAUGCAUACGUCACCCAAAUCACGCAUAGUUCAAAGUUCACUUUUCGCAGCGCCGUUGCAUAAAACGUUGUAUGCAACUAGUUGCGAAACGAGGUUGUUGUCACACGAUGUGGUUACCAUACUCGCUUCGCUAGUUUGAUAACAAUCACAUCUAGUGACGAAAAGACCCUCUUUUCGCAACUAGUUGCAUAAAUUACUAUUGCACCGAGAUUCAUACAACGUUUUAUGCAACAGAAUGAUUUAAAAUUCGCAGUUUGAGAUGCGUCUCUGUUGCAUAAAUCGCUGUCUGAAUGUAUUACACAAAGUAAUUUGCACUCGAUGUCACAUACUGAGUAUAAUCAGUAUGUAACUUGACGAUAAAUGCGUCUUUAGACACACGCUGUGUGAUUGUCACUCGAGGGCGCAGAUUACAAAAAUAACUAUUUUAUUUACGAAGUAAUCAGAUAUUCCCAACAUGAGUAAGAAAACGGUUGAUUUGAAACUUGUUGCAUUAUCGGUUGUGUGGGAGGCUCUUCUUUGCUUUGUUACAUUUCUGAAAUGUGUGUACACAGUUACGUAUUGUUUUUUGAUCACAAAGGCAACAACUCAAUUUUAUCAGCAGACCAUAUUCUGUUUAACUAGCUUGGGGUCUAACAACACAUUCAAUGCAGAAUCAAAAAUGGUCUUUACUUGUCUCAGACUAGAUCGUGACACAACACAUCACAUCACAACAUUUUGUCCAAACUAACUAAGAGACUAACAUCUGAUUCUAUACUUUUUUCUGUUUCGAAAUAGAUUGUGGAUUCGAACACUAUUUCGCAGGACUUUCAAUGAUUGACGCUGUCGGCAAGUCGGUCACUUCUAUCACUUCGCCGAACAAUAUUUUUAAGGACAAUGGUGAUCGAAAAUUUAAUUUCCUAACAAAUGAUUUUGAUUUUUAAAUUUCAUAUCUCAAAGGACUGACUCGAAUGCAUCGCUGACUUUUGCGGUAGCGACGAUAACAAUUUCCAAAAUCUAUUCAUUGGCUUCAAAAUAUUAGAUUUAGUAACUGCCGUGCACAAUGUGAAACAAUACCAAGUAAAUUGGAUGGACAUUGAAGGGUGAAACGUUUCUAACGUCGUUUUUCUAGGUGUAGUCUUCCAAGUUUGCUGUAUAAGUUGUAAAACUAGGGUUUGGCAAUUUUGCCCGGCUAUACAAAAUCGUUUCGAAUGAAGAAAUCGGGAAAAAUAUUACAAAAAUCUAUGCGUAUCACUUUGAAAAUGCAAAUAUACCUUUGAGUGUGUGUAUGUAACUGAUAAUCCCACGUCUAAACUUUAUCUUGAAUUGAUUCGCACAUAUCGUAAACUACCAAUCGUAACUAGAGGCUCUGUUUUUUUUAGGAAAGUUUUGUGCCAUAAAUUCCUUAAAAUUACAGUCAACUUCAGUAAAAUUUUGACAUGAAUUUGCUUCAGCUGUUUUUCAGCUGGUACACAAAAAAACUGCUCGUACCACGCGCUCGUGUGUGUAACUACUUUACUCAUGUAAAGUAUGAGUGGAACAGCUGAAAAACAGCUGAUGCAAAUUCAUGUCUGUUGUCGACUGUAAUGUGAAAUCGACGGGUGUCACACUUCUGGGAUAACAAAUCAGAAUAAUUGGAACAAAACUUUGAGAAAUGAAAUAAAACUCAGGACUUUUUAUUGUCCUAAAGUUUAGGGAAAUAAUUGUUUUACAUAUUUUUAGACUAACAAAGGUACUGAAUCAAUUAUCAAGGAUCAUUUUGACUUGAGCUAUGAAAGAUUUUGUUAAUAAUACAAAUUGGAUUACAAUUCAGAGAAAAAUAAGAAGUCUAUUCAACCACUUGUGCCACAUUCGAUAUCCACGUUACUAUGCAUACAAACACUAUUAUGUAUAUGCUUUAGUGUGUGUGGAACUAGUUGGAUUAUAAACGUUGAAUCGGUGACUUUGACUUCUUAUUUUUCUCUGACUGUGAAUGAGGUACAUCACCCCUCAUGUGACAUUAUGGAAAUUUGUGAAAAUGUAGCCAAAUGAUCUUCUUCAACAUAAUAGACUAGAACCUUAGGAGCCACGUAGAGAUACGAUUGGGGUUACAAAUUUUGAAAUUUUUCGUAUUUUCGUUAACAACUAUUUUUGCUAGAAAGUGUGGCUUUUAAAAUAAGACUUAAAAGUAAAUGUAAAUGUAUUGGUUGCCUUUUUGAACCGAGUUGGCCUUUUAAAAAGAGAAAUUGUAAGACAGGAAAAGUUGAUAAGAGAAAGUUUUA